AUAAAUAAAAUGGCUACCGCCGCCGCUUCAUCCGCCGCCAGAACCGCAUUCAGGUCGUCCUCCAUUCGCAGCGCCGCCACUAGGCUCGGCUCCCAAGCGAAGGCUGCUCGCUGCCCCUUCCGCCUUCCUUCCAGGAACCCCCUUGCUCACCGCAUCUUCCGGUGUCCAUCUGAGAUGAGUGCGUGUAUGGGGUCAAUGCAACCUUACCACAACGCCACUGCCUCUGCAUUGAUGACGUCGAUGCUCACCGCCUCUCGAAGUGGUUACGGUUGGCUUCCUGAAGGUACUUCGGAGUUUCUCUAACGCUGUAAACCUUUAUGUGCGUUUUGAAUAAAUAGUGAAGAAUAACAUAAUGCUUAUAUUAUGCUGGUUUUAAAAUUGGAUUUCAUGGCUAAAACAAUACAUGGAGACAUAUUUUUAUAUAUGUACAUCUUGGGUGUUUAUAGUAGUUUGAUUCUUGUACUUGUAGUUCUUUAAUAUUGUUAAUGAGUUAAUGCUUUGCCGUUUGAGCUUAUUUGAUGUUAUCCUGAUGAAUUGUUACUGUUUUGCAACUUCACUUGUAAACAGAUACAAUUGUUCAAAUAUGCAUGAAUGUGAAUUCAUUGAUCUUUCAUUUAGUAAAUUUCUUAAAAAUGAUCCAAUAGAACAUAGAGUGGCAUACCUCUCUUUCUCUCUGUGUUUCUGUUUUGUGUGUGUAAAUUUGGAGAUGAAAGGGUACGAGUUUGGGAUGGUGGGUUAUUUUGUUUCUACAUCUUUCUUGAUCAACACAGAUUUUUUUCCAUAAGUGAAAAUGAGCAGGAAAAUAUAAAAUCUGAUUUAGUGUCACGUGUGUCAUCUGUUAUUCCGUCAAAUUGUAGCAUUUUGUCUUAUUUUGUUACAUAGAGAUCCUAGCUUGUAACUGAAGUCCCAUGUAUCUUUCUUUUGAUUAUUGUCAAAAUUGUAGCAUUUUACUAACUUGUCAACAAAUAUUUGUUUAAACUAUUUCUGGAUUGCCCUUAGAAGAAGUUAUUCAUUUCUCUAAGAACGUGUAUCCUGUAGAGGGGAUUUCCACUAUCUUUUAGAGUGCACAGACUGUUUUCUUCUUAUUUUUGCAUGCCUAACAAUUUUCGUCAGACAUCCUCUUGAAAUGUUAAUAAAUUUUGCUUAGAAUUUACUUCAAUAAUUUCCUAUACCUGUUGGGAAAAUUGCCCUGACUGUUCUCAACAUAUGGGAUUACUGUCACUUUGUUCCCAUAUUUUUUCUGUAUAUAGGUCCCCAACUUUCAAUGAUGUAACAAAGAAGUCCCUUUGG